CAAUAGGUCGUCGCUCCCUCCGGUUCACCCAUCGCUCCAGCGCUCAGUCCACAGUGCGCACCGGGUUACAGGCGCACACCGGAGACCCGUGACCAGCACCGCGGCCGCACACCGGAGACCCAGGGACCGCUGAGCUGCGUGUUGGGACGCUUCCCCGGUACAUUUGGAUAUACGGAGUCACCCUGCAGACUGACAGCUCGCUUCAUGGAAUGUCUUUGGGGGGGGAAAGGAUGUUUCAUGACGAGAGCCCUCUCGCCAGCUGACUGACCUAUAUUACGAACCAAGGAACCCUGGAGGAGUGGUUGGACGGGAGCGUGUUCCCAGACGCGGAUGGUGCCACCUCGUAAACACAUCCACCCCCACGCCCAUGCGACGAUGUGGUCGGAGGUCUUCGUAGUCCAGCCUAUGAAAACAAGUCACGAAGAGGAUCGGAUGGCCUUAUUCCGCCCAGCGCGUCAAAACGGAUCAGAUACAUCCACAUUAUAGUUCACGCCUUCUGGAGUAUGAGGAGGCAGUCGAUAGCAUCCCAGUCUCCCUGCUGUCGUUCUGCCUGAGGAUCCCCGAUGGAGGAUGAACUCUGUGGGUCUGGGCCAUCGAUCGAGCAGCAGAAACCAAUCGGCUCUGGAGGCUUUGAGUGAAGGAUGACAUUAGAUAUAGUCUGACAUCGAUGUACUCUCCCCAGAACAGAGGACUUCAUCCGGAGGUUUCAAACCGAGCACUCGCUCAGUGAUGUCCCGAACGCUGAGGAUGUAGAUCGGAGCGGAACGCAAAGCUAAGGGCCAGGGAGGGUUAUCUUUGUUGCGAUGCGACUUCAGUCGGUGCUGGAUGUGGUGCCGCUGGAUAAUAUAGUCGAUGUUUGUAGUGCACAUGUAAAUUCAGAUGUGAACGUGGACGAGGGCUUGUUUGUGAAGGCAGUGCAGGCUGUCAGGUCGUUGAACUGGCUCAUGUUUGGCGAUGCAUGUAGGAUUUAGUCUUUGCUGGCUUGUCAGAAUGUAGGGCACUUUCUGCACUCAUGAGCCCGACAUCACAAUAGAGGGUCAGUCUCUUUAUUUCUCUUGCUCUAAACAGGGGUUGUGCGCUUGAAUCUUAUGUAUGAGAAAAGACACGUCAACCGACUAGGAUACGGUGUAUUUUUUCUAUUCACUAUUUAUUGACCGCUUUUUAAAUAGUCGGCUGGAUGAUCUGGUUUUGAUUGGCUACUGCCAGGCGCAUAGAUUGCCUACUUUGUGCAGCUUUUAAACGUUCUUACAAGGUUAUAAUUGAAUCACCGCUUUAUGACAGUUGACCGUAAGCUAAUGGCUCUCUGUUUAUAGGCAAAAUAUAGCGCAACGCGUUGGAGGAUUCAUAGUCUACCACCAACAUUGAAAUAAGAUGAGUAAGGCCUAAAUGAAGAUUAAAAUGGAAGCCAUAAGUCGUUGUUACUCAUUUUAGGCUACACUACAUUUAGUAGAUCCAGUUUCUGAAUUUGAAUUCAUAACUCGACUGAGUGCCCCCCCGCCCGGACGUUUUACAUAGGCUCCCAGGUUCCUGGUAACCAGGCCUGCUGUCUGUCAGAACACACAUCCAUCUGUCCUCGGUGGAACAGCCCGACCGUCCCCCGGGAACACCCGCCGGAUCGCGGCUCCGCUGGGCCGAGGGGUCCGACGCGAGGAGCCUCCCCCUGGACCCGUCGCUCCGGGAGUACAUGUUCCCUACGCCCUGCGUCCUUUCACCCCUGGUUACCGCGGCGACACUGCUUCCUCGGGACGGGCCGCCGACGGUGGAGGGGCCGGCCGCGCUCUGACCCCCCGGGACGGACCGCUGAGCAGCCCGCGGGUCCCCCGAUGGGCCCCGCGUGAGUCGCUAGAGGCCAGGGCCGUGACGCCAGACCGCGCCCCGCCGCCAUGGACCCCCCGGGCAGGGCCUGCAGCGCCGCGGGGCCCUGCACCAGCUGUGGAGGCCGCUGCUCCCCCCCGCCCCUCUGCCUCGCCUCCCCCGGGCCCCCCUCCAACCCGUGGUCCUCCCCCACGCCGCCGCCCCUGAUGCGGCCCGGCCCCGCCCCGCAGCAGGGGGUGAACGGCGGCAGCUGGAGCUCCACCUCGGCCGGCUCCUCCUCCUCCCCCCCCCCGCCCUGCCCCGGGGGCGGGGGUCCGCAGCCCAACCCCUACUGGACGGCCGUGUUCGACUACGAGGCGGCGGCGGACGAGGAGCUGACGCUGCGGCGCGGCGAGCCGCUGGAGGUGCUCUCCAAGGACUCCAAGGUGUCCGGAGACGAGGGCUGGUGGACGGGCAAGAUCCGGGACAAGGUGGGCAUCUUCCCCAGCAACUACGUCACGCGGCGGGACCCCCAGCUCGCCCCGGGGGGGGGGCUGGUGCCGGGCGCGGUGGGGGCCGGGGACCGCCCCUCGGAGAUCGACUUCUCGGAGCUGGUGCUGGAGGAGGUGAUCGGCGCGGGGGGCUUCGGGAAGGUGUACAAGGGGGUGUGGCGAGGGGAGGAGGUGGCGGUGAAGGCCGCGCGGCAGGACCCCGACGAGGACAUCAGCGUCACGGCCGAGAGCGUGCGGCAGGAGGCCCGGCUCUUCUGGAUGCUGCGCCACCCCAACAUCAUCUCGCUGCGCGGCGUGUGCCUGAAGGAGCCCAACCUCUGCCUGGUGAUGGAGUACGCCCGGGGAGGCGGGCUGAACCGGGCGCUGGCCGGCAAGAGGGUGCCGCCCCGCGUGCUGGUCAACUGGGCCGUGCAGAUCGCCACGGGGAUGAACUACCUGCACAACCAGACCAUCGUGCCCGUCAUCCACCGAGACCUCAAGUCCAGCAACGGUAAGGGCCCGGUGGGGCUGGGGGCCCGUCCUUGGGGAGGGGGGGGCCCCAUAGACCUCUAG